AUGUACAUCAGCAAUUUGCUCUCAGCCGCCGCUCUUUGCGCGCUGGCGACAUCGGUAGCUGUCAACGCCAAGCCUCACAGUGACCUGCCCAAAAGGCCCCAUGUCGUAGCUGCACCCUAUGGCACAGGCAAGGCCUUCCCACACUCUCCCCCACGAUCUACAAAAGUCUUUUGUUACGUGAAGCCUACCAAGGGAAAAAAGGCGGACGACAGCCCUCGCAUUCUGAAGGCAUUCAAGAAGUGCAACAAGGGAGGAACAAUCGUCCUUGACAAGAACUACACCAUCGCUUCGCCACUGGACUUGACGUGGCUGUCUCACGUCGAUGUUGUCAUUACCGGAGAGAUCCACUUCAAGUCUGACCCUUACUACUGGGCUGAGAACAGCUUCAAAUAUGACUUCCAGAAUAUGUCUUCUUUCUGGAAGAUUGGUGGUAAGGAUGUUAACAUUUACGGAGAUUUAAGCAAUGAACAGUCUUUGCUUGAUGGUCAUGGUCAAGACUACUGGAAGGAGUAUGUGACCAACAAGACUUUGAUGCGGCCUAUUCUCUUGACCAUCGAAGAUGCUCAUGGUCUUACCAUGUCAAACAUGAGAAUGCGAAACUCACCCAACUGGUUCAAUAUCAUCAUCAACAGUACCGACGUGAUUAUCAGCGACCUCGAUCUCCGAGCCAAGAGCACCGACGGCGUCAAGAUCGCCAACUCUGAUGGGUGGGACACUUACCGGUCCGAUAGAGUUGUCAUUCAGAACUCAUACAUUGAUAACACCGAUGACUGCGUAUCCUUCAAACCCAACAGCACCAACACAGUUGUCCAGAACCUAGUCUGCAAUGGCUCCCACGGCAUCAGCGUCGGUUCGCUAGGUCAGUACAAGGGCAAAGUUGAUAUUGUGGAGAACCUGUACAUCUACAACAUCUCCAUGUCGAAUGCCAGUGACGGAGCCCGAAUCAAGGUGUGGCCUGGAGUGGAAAGCCUUUUCCAAGACAAUCUCAAUGGUGGUGGAGGCCUUGGACGUGUGAGAAACGUCACUUAUGAUGGUUUCCACCACGAGAACAACGAUAAUGCCAUUACCAUCACUCAAUGCUACGGUCAGAAGAACCAGACUCUCUGCAACCAGUUCCCGGCCAACCUGACCAUCGAGGACAUUACCAUGAAGAACUUCUGGGGUACAGUUUCAAAGAAGUUCGAUCCUCGAGCUGGAUCUCUGGUCUGCAGUGCACCUGACCGAUGCAGUAACAUUGUGGCUGAGAACAUUACCGUGGGCGUGCCUAGUAAGAAGGCACCUGUCUACGACUGUUACAACCUUGACGAAGAUACUUUGGACAUCACUUGCCAGGAUCCCACUACAGACCGGGACACGACCAACGGUUAA